ACAAUUAGAUAAAAACACAGUUAAUGUCACACUUGUGUUCGUAAAGUUGUCAGUGCUGGUAAGAAAGCAAAUUAUAACCUGUUAAAUGACAUAAUAAAUUUAAUUAGUCAAGUUCGCAGGUGGAAGCUAAACGUUUGUUUAUAGUUACAUAUAUGUACUUUAUAUUAUAUUCCAGUGUAUAGAUUUAUUUUAUUUCUAUUUUCUUUAUUUUGAAUCUUGUACCGAUUUAAGAGAUUGUGUUUAACUUGACAUGAGAGAAAAAGUCAAACGGAGCGUCAUCACACUAGACUUGGUUCUAGCGUGGUGUCGUUUAACGCACUCCUGUUGUGUGACCGCGACCUGUAACCGAGCAGCACCGGGCUCAGUGACCGCUGACUGGGCCGCCGGACACCGGGGCCUCUGCCAGGUUGUCGUCAUGCAGAUGCAAACAAGUCAAGUCGUUGGAGACAUGGCUUCGGAGGAGGACGACGCGCUGCUCUUCCUCAUCUACCAACACCUCAAGGUCCACGGCUUCCACAAAGCGGCCAAGGUGCUGGAGGAGCACGUCACUCAGGUGGAGACACCGGAGGAGAGGUCCAACCUACAGGACAUCUACACGGGCUGGGUCAAACUGUGCUCUUUGGCUCAACACGCCAAACAGGAAACAGAAGAUUCCACUUCCUCAAAGGUGAAGAGCAUCAAACAAGAACCUGCCACCAGAGAAGAAGAGUGUGCCGACGUGAAACCCUCCAGCACCAUAGAAGAAGAGGACAACAAGCCUUCAAUUGAGGCAGAUGGUGUGGUGUCGACGCCACCAGAGCCUCCGUCUGUGGGGGAGGAAGCUGAACCCGCCUCUGAGCAGCAGCAGCAGAUGGACCCUGCAGGUGGAGGCGUCACGGCUGAUCCAGACGAGGACCGGGCCGGCUCCUCGGACCGGGCCGAGGAGGACGGCGCUGAGCAGGAGCUAGUCCCAGCUGAAGCGGCUGCAGAGGAACCUUCCAGAGCAGGAAGCUGCGGAUUGGACCCGUCGGACGUGGUUGAAUCCGGCCAGAUGGAGGAUCAGCAGCAGAGCCCGGAACCAGACGGGAGGAGGGAGGACGAUGAAGCAGUGCAGGAGUCAGAAGAAACCACAGAUGAGGCGUCGGGUCCGGAGCAGACGGAGCCCACUGCUCUCUGCCCUGAGGUGGCUGCUGUUCACACACCCUUCAGCGAAUCCCAGCUUGUCUUGGAGGACGACCCGGUGGAGCUCGGCACCCUGGACCCCACGGCUCAGAAGACCAAUGACCAGGCCGCUGAGAGUGAAGCCCCGCCCACCGCAGAGUCUGAAAGUGGGUGUGAUGAAGGGCAGCAGGAGGAGGAGGAGGAAGAGCAGGAUUCCCAGGGCACUGACGUCGCUUCAGGGCUGAAGCCUGAGGAGCCGAGGGACGACCUGCAAACAGAAAAUGUGACGGUGUCAGCUGCUGAGGAGCCAGAAGACGUUAACAUUGAGCACGGGAAAACAGCCGAGGACGAAACCCGCCAGCUGCUCCCAGAGGAGCCUGCCGAGUCCUGUGAAGAGGGCAAAAUACCAAAGAAGAAGAAAAAGAAGAGAAAGAAGGAAAGAGAAACAGCAGCUGAAGACACGUCCACCUUAGACGCACUCAGCACCACCUCCAGGAGGCAGGAGGACGCGCCUCAGGCUGCUCCUCCAAAGAAAGCCAAGAAGAGAAAGAGGGAGAGAGAAGCAGAGGAGGACGAGGAGCCUCCCACCAGCCCUGCACAAAAUAUAACUAAGAAAAAGAAGAAGAAGGUUAAAGAUGUGGAGCAACCUGAGCGUUCAGCUGAGAAGAAAAGGAAGAAAAAACAAAAGAACAGGGAGAGAAAGAUGCAGGUCGACAAAGGACCAGUAGAGGGCGAUGAAGACACGGAGAAGGAGCUGGACACCACAGACGUCACACCUCAGUCCUGCACCAAAAAGAAACAUCGUCUCAGGAAGAAGCUCAGCCUGAAGAAAAGGCUGAAGCUCUACAUGCAAGAGGGGAGGAAGAGGAGGAGGAAGAUAAAGAUCAACGACCUCCCUGCAGCACAGACAGAAACGACGCACAGGAAAAAACAAAAGAAGACCCAAGAGGCAACUGAGGAGACAACUAUACCAAAACCAGCAAAAAAAGCCAAACCUGAGCCGACUGAGGACGCACCAACGAAGAAGACGAGGUCUGACCCAGAGGAGAACUCGUCCAAGGAAAACAAGCCUCCAAAGAAGAAGAAGCUGAAAGAGGCAGAUGAAAGCGGAGUGGUGAGCGACCUGAGCCAUCAGUCUCCUGACGUUUCCUCAUCCCCGCUGCCAAACAAACGAGAGAAGAGGAGGAAGAAAACAAAGAGCCAAGAUUCCCCGCCAAAGAAGAAGAAGAACAGAAUUAAGGAGGAACCGGUUCCAGACGCUUCUCCUCCUGCUACGAAAAAGAAAUCCUCCAAGAGGAAGAUGUUUGCUGACUGACCCUGGAACUAACUGCGGUUGAAGCCUCAACAGAACCGGUUGUUUCCACUCGUUCAAGUUUGAGGACGUUGCUGUUCAGGAUUUGAUGCCAACCUGGGUUCUUUCCACAACAAACCACUUCUGCCUCUAAAAAUCUGUACGACCAGCUCUCCACUCCAGCUUUCCUCUGCUGGACAAUGAAUGAGAUGUGGAACGAUAGACAACGGGUCAAGUUCGAGCAACAACUUUACAUCCUCAGUGACUUUGUAGUAAAAUCAGUCUGUCAGUUCUAUCAAUGUUCCUGUGUUUCACUGAUCCAUGAACUGUUAACUAUGCACCUGGUCUGGGUUGUUGUUGGACCUUCUUUGUUUUGUGUUUCUGACACUGAACUAGUAAAUAAAUGUACCUCUGCUUUA